ACGUGCGAAAAUUCCGUGGCUCUGGUUUAUGAUCUUUGUGACGGAAACAUCCUGGUUAAAUUUUUUUGUUUUUUUGUCGCGGCAACGAGUGAAGGAACGCGGUUUGCGGAGCUGUGGGAAAGCGCGUGCUCCGGGGUGUUGCAGCCCAACUGCUACUCGCGGGUGGUCGACAUCCUCGGCAAGAAGCACAUCCUGAUCUUCGCGCUGCGCCGCAUCCUCCAGGGCGAGGAGCUCACCUACGACUACAAGUUCCCCUUCGAGGACGUCAAGAUCCCGUGCACCUGCGGCUCGCGCAAGUGCCGCAAGUACCUCAACUGAGCGCCCGCAUGGCCUGUGAUCAGCACCUAGCCAAAUAUUAUACAAAGUUUUUAUAUCACACGCGAAAAAAAAAAAUGCUGGUAUGUACAGUGUAAUAUAGUUUUUAGAAAGUUGUAUAGUAUGUAUUUUUUUGUAAGUCCUGUACUGGCACACACACUAUUUUACCACUGUGUGGUACCUGCUAACUUGAUGCUGAUAAUAUGUUGAUACUGUAAAUUUUAUCUUUGCCUAGCUUACCUGUGAUCUUUGCUACCUUUUAUUCAUCAACUUCCUUUUUUUUUUGUAUGUUUUUUUUUUUUAAUGGCUGGUGUAUUAUGUUUCUGCAGCAGAAUUUUGAUAAACUUCCGAUGAUUGUUAUACACCCUGUGAUAAGUGCUUCUUUUGUACGGGGUCCCGUGAGAGUGGUGCUGUUGUGAUAUUACGAGCGGAAGUGUUACUCGUUUCGGCGGUUGGUGAAACGGAAAGCUUUCAAAACACAUCUUGUCACUGCAGUAAUUUUCUGUUACGUGUCGAACAGUGGUUUUAUUUUGCUACCUCUUAAGAUAAAAGUGAGUCUUGCCGCAAGAGCUGUCGCACUGGGCCCCGCUUGUACAUAUGUACGUGGUAACUUAAUUGUAUGUUUUACAGAUGACACUGACGUCCUCUAAAGCACGUCUCUUAGAUGAAUUUUUCCCUCAGUGGUAAUAACUCAAAUCACGUACAAUACAGCAGGUUACAGUAGCGUUUAGCUUUGUGUAGUUUAGUAUUCCUGUACACAAUUAACUCAUUAACUUUGUACAUCAUGUCACAAGUGUCGUUUCUCUUUGUUUUGCACAGCGAUAAACGCGUUUAUUUGAAAUUAAACAAAUCUCUAUUAUUGUCUUCAGUUCAAUUGUAUAUUACUUGAAGACAAAACCUCACAAAUAAAAAAAAUGCAAUUUUUAUAAUCACA